CCUCUGAUCUGAAAAAAAAAAAAUGGCGGAUGAAUGUAAUGGAUUUUAAAAAUCCUCAAACAACUUGCCAGGAAAGCUCUAUAAACAACCGUAAAAGAAAGCAAACUAACGAAGAAAAGUCCUCUAAGCGUUCUUGUGAGGAUGGUUAUUCUUGGUGGACUGCAAUGAUGUUGGGAUUACCGACAACGAGGCAGCAAUCCUACUCCCGAGUGAAUGUUCGCUCUGUAAAAUACUAGAAAUUUUCUUUUUUAAUUUUCUGUACUGGCCUAAAUGUAAAUAUUAGUAACAAAAAUCUUUUUAUAUCCAAAAGCAACUGUUUUUAUCUGUUUGAAACUUUUUUUAAUAAGAAAUUUACUAGAUGACAAUAUAUUUUAUGAAUUCAAAUAUCUAGAAAACUUACCCUAGCUUGCUCAAAACCGUUGUAUGAAAACUAGAUAUUUUUUUACAAAGCYUAUAUAUAUAUUAUAUUUUUUGUAGUUUCACCCAGUUUCAAUGUAUCAAAUGAUACAGUUCACAACUUAAAACCUAAAGAUGCACAACUUGUAAAUACCUUAGUAGUCAUAGAAACAAUGGAGGCAUCAAUCGAUACUUGUAGUGCAAGCGACCCAAGUGAAAGAAUGCCACCAAAGCCAGAAGAGCCAUUGAGCAGUGACUGUUGUGGUUCAGGUUGCACACCUUGUGUUUUUGACAUUUACGAAGAAGAUCUCCGUAAAUGGGAACUGGAAUGCAAGUUAUUUACUCAUUCCAACAUGAAGAAGGACAAAAGCAAAGAUAUUGUUCUCAGUAAAUCAGAAUUCAGAGCUUUCAGAAUAGAUUCAAUGAUACAGAUGACUGGAAACUGUUGGCUGUACAGGUUUGUCAUUCCUGAUGGAGGUACAUUGGGGCUGAAGACUGGACAGCAUAUUAUACUAAGGAGUAAUAUGAACAACCCACCAAUCACAAGGCAGUACACACCUGUCUCUCAUCUURAUGCAGAGGGAUAUUUUGAUGUGGCAAUCAAGAUUUACAAAGAUGGUAAGAUGUCAAAGUAUGUCAAAACAUGGGAAGUUGGUGACAUGGUUGAAUGGAAAGGACCCUUUGGUAGCUUUACCUAUAUACCAAACAAGUACCAACACGUUUGUAUGCUUGCUGCUGGGACGGGAAUAGCUCCAAUGAUUCAAGUACUUCACACAAUUCUUAACAAUGAAGAAGACGAGACGCGAGUGACACUACUUUUCUCSUGCUGUACUUAUGAAGAUAUACUCAUGAAAGAUGAACUUGAUGCUAUGAAGGAUUAUUGGAAUUUUAGUGUCAAAUAUUUUAUUACAAAGGAAAACCAUGGCAACAAAUCACGUGUUCGUUAUGGAGACGAAGUGCAUUAUGGUCGCAUUGAUAAAGAUGUCUUACGUCACGAAUGUCCUGAUGCUGAUCAAAAACCGCUAUUUCUCAUUUGUGGUACCAAGUCAUUUGAUAAGGACAUGAUUAAUCAUCUUUCUUUGCUGGGACAUGACAGAUCUAUGUUAAUUAAGUUUUGACUCCAGUGGAGUUAUUUACGUGGAUUCUUUUGCAGCUACGCAGUCGGUGUCUUGAUAGUCCUAAUCAGAGUUAGUAGUUACUAACUCUGUCCUAAUAGUCGGCAAGUGUAGUCACUAGACCUUGGCGAUGCGGGAAUGUGUUUGUAUGCUUUGUGUUUCUUAUGUUUUUUUGUUGUUUUUUUUGUCAUUGGACUUAUUUUAAAAGUUACUAUUUCUAAUAUCCAGAUCCUAGUCAGUAUCUCAAUGGAAUAUGAAUUUGAAACUAAGAAGAUUCUGGGUACGAGAAUGAGUUGCAUAAAAAAGGGUAAUUUCGCAAUUUCGUUGCAUAACUUUUUCUUGUUUUUUAACUAUUACAUUUUAUUUCAUGAUUAGUGRAAACGAGUCUUUCCAUCACUCAACAGUCCAAAGACAAUCGCCAAAGCAGUUUUGAGUUCAUUUCGCACGAGAUUUGACUAUUUCUUCAACUAAAUACGAAAAUUUUGUCAAGGUUUUAGCUCGUAUUGUAAUCCAUGUCUUCCCGCUGAACAAAGGCAUUUUAGAUCACAUGAAUGGUCAGUUURWUAAACCUUAUUGUUCGUGAAAACUCAUUAAAAGAUUUUCUUAA